UAGCCCCUCCCUAUCCAGGAAGCGAUUGACGUUUUGAUAGGGAUCUUACUUUCUAGUAAAGUUAUUCGUUGUCUGUAGUCUUCGUUGCAUGAUAGUGUCUCACUAAACACAACAGGAGAAAAUGUCUUUCAUCUUUAACCUCAUCUCUGGCAGCUUUCAGUUCGUGUUUGAUUUUAUCCGGAGGCUCUUUGGCAUAAAAAGAAGACCUGCCAUUACCCUUGAAGACCCUGAUGUGAAGUAUCCAUUACGUCUUGUGGACAAAGAAAUUAUUAGUCAUGACACAAGAAGGUUUCGCUUUGCUUUAAAAUCACCGGAGCAUGUUCUUGGACUUCCUAUUGGACAGCACAUUUACUUGUCUGCCAGAAUUGAUGGCAACCUCGUGGUGAGGCCUUACACCCCUGUGUCUAGUGAUGACGACAAGGGCUUUGUUGAUCUGGUUGUGAAGAUAUACUACAAAAAUGUCCAUCCUAAGUUUCCUGAGGGUGGGAAGAUGUCCCAAUACUUGGAGAGCCUUCGUAUUGGUGACACAAUUGAUUUCAGGGGACCAAGUGGACUGUUGGUUUACAAAGGCAAAGGAUCAUUUGCAAUCAAGCCUGAUAAGAAAUCUAACCCUGAAAUGAAAACUGCAAAACAAGUUGGCAUGAUCGCUGGAGGAACAGGCAUUACACCUAUGCUCCAGAUAAUCCAAGCAAUCAUGAAAGAUCCAAAGGAUGAGACCAUGUGUUACUUACUUUUUGCAAACCAGACCGAAAAAGACAUUCUCCUACGUCCUGAGUUAGAAGAGAUCGUGGUCAAUCACCCGAAUCGUUUUAAGCUGUGGUUCACUGUUGACAGGGCUCCAGAUGGUUGGGAGUACAGCCAAGGCUUCAUCAAUGAGGAGAUGGUGAAGAACCAUCUUCCUCCACCCGCAGAUGACACACUCAUCCUCAUGUGCGGACCUCCUCCCAUGAUUCAGUUCGCCUGCAACCCCAGCCUGGACAAGGUGGGCCAUUCCAGUGACAGGCGCUUCACCUUCUAGAAGGAUGUCACCUGAAACCAAGCAGUUAAAAAGUCAAAAUUAAAACCAUGCUACCACCUGCAAGAUGCUCUCAUAUAUUCCACAUGCA